GCUGUGCGUGCGUGUGUGUGUGCGAGCAGCGCUCCGUGGCAGCCGUGUUUCCUGGUGCCUGCUCCCUGACCCCAGUGGCAGUACCGCUCACUGCACCGCGCCCACCCCCGCGCCCGCCGCCGCCCCGGACCCAGACCCGGACCCGGACCCAAGGCCACCGCCACCGGGCACCACCGCGAGGUCGGGCGCAGGCUCUGCCCCGGCCGCGCCCCCGAAGCCCCAUGGAGCGGCCCCGCUGCCCGCGCUGAAGGCAUCCCCGACCCGCCCGCAGCGGCAGCCGGCGAAGGGAAGGCAGAGGUCUGCAGAGUUGAUGAGAAGCUUCUGGGAGUCGGGAGCCACCUGGAACACAAUGCCCUACCCUUCUCCCGGCCUUAGGAAGCUGUGAGCUGCUCAUGUCCAUAAGGAGGAAGGAUGGCUCAUGGAAUUCCUUCACAAGGCAAAGUUACCAUCACGGUGGAUGAAUACAGCUCCAACCCAACGCAGGCAUUUACACACUACAACAUUAACCAGAGCAGGUUCCAGCCCCCGCAUGUACACAUGGUCGACCCUAUCCCAUAUGACACUCCAAAACCAGCGGGCCACACGCGAUUUGUCUGCGUCUCAGACACACACUCCAGAACAGAUGGCAUCCAGAUGCCUUAUGGGGACAUCCUUCUCCACACGGGCGAUUUCACCGAACUGGGACUGCCCUCAGAGGUUAAGAAGUUUAAUGACUGGUUAGGAAGCCUACCAUAUGAAUAUAAAAUAGUGAUUGCUGGGAAUCAUGAACUGACAUUUGAUAAAGAAUUCAUGGCAGACCUUGUUAAACAAGAUUACUACCGCUUUCCCUCUGUGUCCAAAUUGAAACCGGAGGACUUUGACAAUGUACAGUCACUCCUGACAAAUAGUAUUUACUUACAAGAUUCAGAGGUAACAGUUAAAGGAUUCCGAAUAUAUGGUGCCCCAUGGACACCGUGGUUUAACGGAUGGGGCUUUAACCUACCCAGAGGUCAGUCUUUGCUAGACAAGUGGAACCUUAUUCCUGAGGGUAUUGAUAUACUAAUGACACAUGGACCUCCCCUUGGUUUUCGAGACUGGGUUCCCAAGGAGCUGCAGAGGGUGGGUUGUGUGGAACUGUUGAACACAGUGCAGAGGCGAGUAAGGCCCAAACUCCAUGUCUUUGGUGGAAUUCAUGAAGGUUAUGGCAUUAUGACAGACGGUUACACAACGUACAUCAAUGCUUCAACGUGUACAGUCAGCUUUCAACCAACCAACCCUCCAAUUAUAUUUGACCUUCCAACCCCUCAAGGAUCAUGAAGCACUACGGCACAUUUGGAACUGGGGAAGGUCUAUAAACUGCCAUUUUCUAAUUAUAAAACUUACAUUCUGUUACAUGUUUAUUUCAAA